GUAUCUUCGGAGGUCCAACAAUUUCCAAGCACUUCGGUUGUGGCGGUGGCACCGUUAGAGGACGGAUUCGAAGAGGCGAAUAGAUGCCUAGAGGCAGUGGCGCUGGCGGUAGGAUUAGAAGAAGCAUUACGAGGUGCAUUGACAGUGGCGCACAGAUUGGCGCUGGCGCCUACGGAUUG